AUUUAAAUAAUGGAACGCCUGAAGGGAAUUAUGGUCGACCGGAAGAUCGAGCUAGGCAUGAAGAAUACUGUUGAUAAGAUAGUCAGGUCAGAACAGUUUUAUAAGAAGAGAGUCGAGAUUAAGGAAGCUAAUAAGAAGAAUAAGAUAUUGAAGUAUCUCAGGCAAAAGACUAUUGAGAAACAAAAUGAACAUAAGAAAAAGAAGAAGACUGAUAGGAGUUUGGAGGUUUCAAGAGAUGACCUUGAUGAGCCUUCGAGACAUGUCUCUGGUGUUGAUAACGCAAAUAUUGAAACGGCUGAGGAGAAUGAGAGAAGAGACCAGAACGCACUUGAUUCACUUUAUAAGGAGAGGCGAAGGUUUAGGUAUUACUAUAAUGUUUUAAGUAUCUUUGUGCAAGCACUCAUUAGCUUGUUUGCUAUUUUCGUAUUCUUUUACUCUCUUUAUAUUAAGAGGGAUACUAGUCCUAGAAGUCAAAAGGAUAAUCUGUACUUAAUGGAGAUAGUGGUCUCUUUCUUAAUCCUAGGCGAUUUGCUAAACAGUUUCAUUCUUAAGAAGGAGAAGGGCAAAUUUUUCAAGAGUAUUCUCAACUGGACUGAUUUUGUGACAUCUGUUCCUAUUAUAAUCACCUUUAUGAUAGAUAAACGGUAUACUUAUUAUAGCGAUUUUUUCUACAACUUCUGGCAAGUUUGGAGGAACCUGAGAUUUUUCAGGAUCUAUAAAAUUGUCCAGAAAAUUGGGAACAUCAAUGAUUUUAAGUAUCUUGCCAACAUUUCCUCUGCAAAUGACAAGGAAAUUAAGUUCAGAUUUGCUAAUAUCAUAUUUCACAUACUUUCUUUCGUGAUUUUAUCUGCAAGCUUAAUGAUGACAUUCCAAGAGCUGGCUAUUGACGUCUUCGAGAUAGGGGUGACUUAUGAAACUGAUUUCUCCUUCGAUGCUGCACUAUACUACACCAUUAUCACGAUCACAACUGUUGGAUAUGGAGACAUGUCUCCAAAGACAUCAUUCGCGAGGAUAAUUAUCUGUUUCUUCUUUAUUAUAGCAAUUAUAUUCAUUACGAAACAGACAUCUGAGCUAUCAGAUUUAUUAAGCCAGAACAAUCUGGCUUAUAGGAUGGCUAUUAAGAGUAAAGGAGUUAAACAUGUGAUUUUGACUAGUUCUUCUCUGAAUCUUUUGAAGCUAUUCAGAUUUGUAAGAGAGUUCUUCCAUAAAGACCAUGACAUUCAGGAGAGCAUCAAAGCAGUGAUAAUCUGCAAUACUCCUCCUAGUUAUGAUAUGAUCCAAGCUCUCUCAGAUUUUGAGGAUAACAUUCAUUUUAUUGUCGGAUCGAUUUUUGAAAAGGACACAUUGAUUAAAGCAGAUGUAAGUCAUGCAAAAGCUGCAUUUAUUAUUUCAAACCAAUAUGACGACUCCAGUAUGAAAUGUGAUACUUACGCUCUGAUGGCAACGAAGGUAUUGAGACUCCAUAAUCGGAACCUGAAGAUCAAUGUACAGCUAGUGAAGAAAGAUAACCUUAUUCAUUCUUGGUGUAAUUGGGACAACGUGUAUUCAUUAGAUGAAUUCAAAAUGGGUAUCUUAGCAGCUAACGCCUUUAACCCAGGCUUUUGUCCCUUUGUGUUGAAUCUACUUUCAAGUUUUGGGAAGCUACAAAAUACCUCUAAGAACUUGCUUUGGCUAACUGAGUAUGCUCAUGGGUUGGAAUACGAAAUUUAUUGCAUCAAGAUUCCAAAUAGCUACCUAACUUGCCCUUUUGCUUUCUUAGUUAGAAUGGGAUAUUUUGGAAAUGGCUCCUUGAUCAUUGGGAUCAGGAGAAGAAAGCCAGGCUGCAAGUUCGAGCUGUAUGACAUCAUGAUCAAUCCUAUUAACUAUGAGAUUCGGAACGAUGAUGAGGCUAUCAUUCUUGCUACUGAUUUUAACCAUGCACAGAGAUUUGAGGAUAAAAGUAAUAGGAAUGAAACUCAGAUUGAAGAAAUUAAAUCUAAUUAUGAGCUUGAAUUUAUCAGAAAUUAUGACUAUGAUGUCGGCUCUCUAAGGAAUAGAGCGAGCCCAAACUUUAGAGAUAAUGAUAGGGUUCAUGACAAAUUUUCUGACUUUUUAGACGAAACUAUGAUGCUGAGGGAUCAUAUUAUUGUUUUUGGUCCGCUUGAGUCUUUGCCGUCUUUGAUCGAAUGCUUACGCCAUUUUACCUAUAAUUAUAUCUGAUAUGUCAGUGAUAUUCCUAAACCUGAAAAAUGGAACCAGAUAGAGGCUAAAUAUCAAAAUGUGAGAUAUCUGAAAUGAGUUUAUUCAGACAAGAACGAGCUUGAAAGAACUGGAAUUGAGCAUGCGAGACAUGUGAUCUUAUUGUCAUGGAUGCUGGAGAAAUCGAAUCAUCCAGAUUCAGGGAUUUUGCAGAUUAUUCAAAUGAUUGAGCAAUAUUACCCAGAUGUCCCAUAUACAAUUGAGCUAGAAGAUGAAAAUAACUUAAAAUAUAUGUCUAAGGCUUCUGAGGCUAAUAAGCUUCCACUGAAUUGUAAUAGUAAGUAUGCUGCUGGAAAGGUUCUCUACAGCUCAACUUUGGAUUCCAUAAUAGCUCAGUCUUACUACAACGAUACUCUUUUUGAAGUGCUCGAUAAACUGAUUUUUGGAGAUAGUGAUAUUAGCGAGACCAAAAUAGAGGAAAACUCUCGUUUAAAUAUGAUUAGAAUCACUGAAGAAAUAGGAGGAAUUGCUACUUAUGAGAACUUCUUCUACACUUGUACACAAUUGUCUCAAGAUUCUAAGAGGUCAAAGAAGCCAGUUAUCCCGAUAGCCAUCUAUCGGGCACCGAAUAAGAAUAUUUUAGGGAAUGAUGCUCCGUACAUGAUAACAAAUCCUGAGAAAGGGACUCUAUUGCUCACAGGUGAUAUUGUGUUCGUACUUGGUGAUGCUGAGCAUAACAAGGAGCAAAGGGACAAGGAGAUCAGAAAAGGUGUCCUGAAUGGGGAUUUGAGCAUCGGAGAAGGGAUCAAAUCCCGAACUAUUGAGCUAACCAAGGAGAAGCUGGAGAAACUUGAUGAUGACAAGAUACUCAAUAUAGUCCAACAAGAGCUGGCUGGGACUGAGAAAGAACGGAAAUAAAGCUAGGAUUAGGAAGAAGAAGGAAGAGCAAGAGAAAGAGAAACUUGAAGUGGUUGAUGAAGAGGAGAAGAAGGAACUCAUCCUUAGGAAGGAUGUAAAGAGAGGAAUUAGCGAUAUUGCGAAGAUUGUGGGCCUUGAUCAAAAAGGAACCAGGAUACAAACGCCGAGAGAAGAGACUAAGGAUAUUGGAAAAUCGGUCUCUUCGAUAGAGGAAAGUUUUAAUGAAAGAGAGUUAAGUGAUGGUAAUAAAGAGACUAAUGGAAAGCAAUCACAAAGAUGUGAUAAUGCAGAUUUGAAACUAGAAAAAGAAGAUCAGUCAGAGAGUUCUCAUAACUCAAGUACUGUCAAACAGAACUACAUUAUCAACCCAAAUCAAUCCCAAAAGGCUGCCCAUAAAGAUCCCAAAAUGUUUAUGAAAGAGUCUUCGCCCGAAAGAGAAGUUGAACCUUCAAUGAGUAUGCAAAAUGAUAAUUUUGAUUCUCAAGCAAAGCCUAUCGAGAAACAAGAGGGGACUUUCUCUGCAGAAAACGACUCUGAUGAAGAUGGCUUCAUCAUUAAGCCAACAAGAAAAGUAUUCUAGCCUGAUUCUUAUUAUAUUCAACAGCAUGAAUA